AUGGAUACAGUGCAUGGGGAAUUAAAGGCACCUAACAAUGUUCGGUUUAUUACAUUUAAUGUUAAUGGCAUUCGCACUUUGUUUUCGCACUAUCCUUUCAGUAGGAUGAAUAAUUCUCUAAGCCAACUGUUCAAAUUUUUAGAUGGUGAUAUUAUCACAUUCCAGGAAUUGAAGAUCGACCGGCUCACGGUUUCCAAAUGGGGGAUUGUUGAUGAUGCCUAUUCUUUCAUUACAAUUCCCAAAGUAAAACGUGGUUAUUCUGGGGUUGGAUGUUGGGUCCGAAUUCGAGAAGAAUCUGAUCCUUUGAGUUCAUUGCUAAAGGUAGUCAAAGCUGAAGAAGGUAUCACUGGAUUACUUAAAGUUAAGAGAAAUGGUGAGCUUGUCUCAUAUCGUGAUGAUCCUACAAUCGGUAUUGGUGGAUAUGAAAACUUGCCUUAUAGCGAUGAUGCUGAAGAGCUAGAUAGCCAGGGCCGCUGCGUAAUAAUUGAAUUGGCUUGUGGUAUUGUGGUUAUUUCCACUUACUGUCCUGCGAAUUCAACUCAAACGGAGGAAGGGGAAGUAUUCAGAAUGAAGUUCUUAAAGUUAUUAUUUAAGAGGGUCAGGAACUUGAAAGAACAAGGAAAGGAGGUUGUGCUUAUGGGGGAUAUAAAUGUCAGCAGAGAUUUGAUUGAUAAAGCAGAAGCAUUGGAACAACAACGUUUAAUAAUUCGGGAUGCAGACGCUGGUUUGGAAUUUGAAAAGAAAUAUAUGAAUGCAGUAAGAGGUUUUAUCUAUGAUCCCUUAAGAAUAACAUGUCGCAUGCUGAAUGAGAUGCUAGCUGAUUCAAUUAUUCCUGAAUUUGCCCGAAAUGGGAUAUUGAUAGACUCAACUAGAUACAUACAAGGUAGGAAUAGGCUUAAGAUGUAUACAGUAUGGAAUACGAUAAUGAACUCAAGACCUGUAAACUAUGGCUCACGACUCGACUAUAUUUUUGUAACUACCGCUCUACAAUCAAGAAUAAGGAAUGCCAAUAUAUGGCCGCAGAUAAUGGGUUCGGACCACUGUCCAGUGUUUUUAGACCUUUCAUUUACAAAAAUAACAGCUGUUGUCUUAGAUAAAACAUAUCCAAUACCAAAGUUUGAAGCAAGACUCAAAUACAACUUAAACCAAAAGAAUAUUAUGGAUAUGUUCAAACCUGGCAGCAUGAUAUCAUUUAAAGAGAAGCCAAACUUGGUUCGUAAUCGGAUUGCCAAAAGGAUGUCAAAAAAUACUCCUAAUAUUCAAAGUCAUUUCGAUAAUAAGAACAAGAAAAGGGAGAUUGAUAUUGGGAAACUUAAUAUUUAUUCCCUAAAGAAGACAAAUGAAGCACAGGCUGCAGAUGAAAAGGGACUUGAUAGUACUUGA